AUGGUAUCAAAUGGAGACCUUGUUGAUCAACCCCAAUGGGCUGGGGUUGACAAAGAAUUUCUUGCCGCACCCGUGAAAUCAGCUGUGGACAAGUUUCAAUUACUCCCCGAGUUUCUGAAGGUGAGAGGAUUGGUGAAACAACAUCUGGACUCCUUCAAUUAUUUUGUUAACACAGAGAUAAAAAAGAUUGUUGCUGCAAACAAUGAGAUCAGAUCACAGGUGGAUCCAAAACUUUACCUGAGAUACAAAGAUGUACGUAUUGGAGAGCCCUCAAGGAUGGUUGAUUACGUGACUGAGAAGCUCACUCCCCAGAAGUGUCGGAUUUCUGAUAUCACGUAUGCUGCCCCUAUCCUAGUGAAUAUUGAAUACACUACUGGAAGUGGCAACAGUCUUAAAGUACAAGAAAAGAGAGAACUUACAAUCGGGAGAAUGCCUAUCAUGUUGAGAAGUAGUUGUUGUGCUUUGUAUGGAAAAGAUGAAGAAGAGUUGGCAAGCUUGGGUGAGUGCCCGCUUGAUCCUGGUGGUUAUUUUGUUAUUAAAGGGACAGAAAAGGUGAUUUUAAUACAAGAACAGCUUUCAAAGAACAGAAUAAUCAUUGAUACUGAUAAGAAGGGAUGUGUGCAAGCAUCUGUCACUAGUAGUACGGCAGCAACAAAAAGCAAAACUGUCAUAAGAAUGGAGAAGGAGAAGAUAUAUCUAUACCUGAAUCAGUUUAAGACUAAGGUUCCCAUUAUGGCGGUUAUGAAGGCUAUGGGAAUGGAGAGUGAUCAGGAGGUUGUCCAGAUGGUUGGAAGGGAUCCUCGUUACAGUGCACUACUUUUGCCUUCCAUUGAGGAAUGUGCAAAAGCAAAUGUAUAUACACAACAUCAGGCCCUGGAAUAUCUGGAGAAACAGGUUAAACCAUUGCCUUAUGCCUCUACCAGAACUGAAAAAAGGGCUUCCAGUAUUCUCCGAGACAUAUUUAUUGCUAACGUCCCGGUGCAUGAUAAUAACUUCCGUGCAAAAUGCAUCUAUGUUGCUGUAAUGCUUAGACGGAUGAUGGAGGCAAUUUUGAAUAAGGAUGCAAUGGAUGACAAGGAUUACGUGGGGAACAAACGACUAGAGCUUUCUGGUCAGCUUUUAUCUUUACUUUUUGAGGAUUUAUUCAAGACAAUGAACGAUGAAUCGAAGAAGUUGAUAGAUACUGUUCUAGGAAAGCCGAAUAGGAGUAGCCUCUUUGACAUGUCCAAGUAUAUAGUGAGAGAUAGCAUCACUGUUGGACUGGAAAGGACUCUUUCUACUGGCAACUGGGAUGUCAAGCGAUUUAGGAUGCACCGCAAAGGGAUGACCCAGGUUGUGGCUAGACUUUCGUACAUUGGGACAGUGGGUCACAUGACAAAGAUAUCUCCACAAUUUGAGAAGUCCAGGAAAGUUAGUGGACCGAGGGCCCUUCAACCUAGCCAGUGGGGCAUGCUUUGCCCUUGUGACACCCCAGAAGGUGAAGCUUGCGGAUUGGUGAAAAACUUGGCCCUGAUGACUCACGUUACCACUGAUGACGAAGAAGGCCCAAUUAUUUCUCUGUGCUACUGUUUGGGGGUUGAAGACUUGGAACUGCUUUCGGGGGAAGAACUUCACAUGCCGAACUCCUAUCUGAUCAUGUUAAAUGGACUUAUUCUUGGAAAGCACCGGAAGCCACAGCGUUUUGCUACUGCAAUGAGAAAAUUGCGGAGGGCUGGUAAAAUCGGGGAGUUUGUGAGCAUUUUUGUGAAUGAAAAGCAGCAUUGUGUUUAUAUUGCAUCAGAUGGAGGCCGUGUUUGUCGUCCUCUUGUUAUUGCUGAUAAAGGUGUCUCUAGAAUUAAGGAACACCAUAUGAAGGAGUUGAAGGAUGGUGUUCGCACCUUUGACACCUUUCUUAGGGAGGGUUUGAUAGAGUACCUUGAUGUUAAUGAGGAGAACAAUGCUUUGAUCGCUUUGUAUGAAGGAGAGGCUACUGAAGAAACGACACAUAUCGAAAUAGAGCCUUUUACCAUCUUGGGUGUUUGUGCCGGGUUGAUUCCAUAUCCACAUCAUAACCAGUCCCCGAGAAACACCUAUCAGUGUGCUAUGGGAAAGCAAGCUAUGGGCAACAUCGCGUAUAACCAGUUAUGUCGGAUGGAUACAUUGCUCUACCUUUUGGUCUAUCCCCAAAGACCUCUAUUAACAACCAGAACAAUUGAGCUGGUUGGAUAUGAUAAGCUUGGUGCUGGACAAAAUGCCACAGUAGCAGUCAUGAGUUAUAGUGGAUAUGACAUAGAGGAUGCAAUAGUUAUGAACAAAUCAUCUCUUGAUCGUGGUUUUGGACGUUGCAUCGUAAUGAAAAAAAUGGUUGCCCUGAGUCAGAAAUAUGAGAAUGGUGCAUCUGAUCGGAUAAUUUGUCCUCCGCGUGAAGGGUAUGAAGCAGAAAGGAUGCAGAUUUUGGAUGAUGACGGGAUAGCUGCUCCUGGAGAAAUAAUCAGAACCCAUGAUAUCUAUAUCAAUAAGCAGUCUCCUACAGUGACAAGGGGCGCCCCUGCACCAAACCUGCCUGAUAGUAAAUACAAGCCGAGUAGGCAAACUUACAAAGGUCCUGAAGGGGAGACAGCAGUUUUGGAUAGAGUAGCUCUUUGUACUGAUAGGAAUAAUAAUAUGAAUAUUAAAUUUAUGGUGCGCCAUACUCGUAGGCCCGAGGUUGGAGACAAGUUUAGUAGCAGACAUGGACAAAAAGGUGUUUGUGGGACUAUUAUUCAACAGGAAGAUUUUCCAUUUUCAGAACGUGGUAUAUGUCCUGAUUUGAUUAUGAAUCCACAUGGAUUUCCAAGCCGUAUGACAGUUGGAAAGAUGAUAGAGCUUCUCGGGAGUAAAGCUGGAGUUUCAAGUGGUAGGUUUCAUUAUGGAAGUGCAUUUGGAGAACCUAGUGGUCAUGCAGAUAAAGUUGAAGUUAUAAGUGAAACCCUGGUCAAGCACGGCUUCAGUUACAAUGGCAAAGAUUUCAUCUAUUCGGGUAUUACUGGUUUGCCCCUGCAAGCCUAUAUCUUUAUGGGUCCAAUUUAUUACCAAAAGCUCAAGCACAUGGUUUUGGAUAAAAUGCAUGCUCGAGGCAGUGGUCCUCGUGUAAUGCUUACAAGACAGCCCACGGAGGGGAGGAGUAAAAAUGGAGGUCUUCGUGUGGGAGAAAUGGAACGUGAUUGUUUGAUUGCAUAUGGUGCUAGCAUGCUGAUAUAUGAACGGUUAAUGAUCUCCAGUGAUCCUUUUGAGGUUAAGGUGUGUCGAAAAUGUGGUCUGUUAGGAUACCACAAUUAUAAACUGAAGGCUGAUGUUUGCUCGACAUGUAAAAAUGGAGAUAAUAUAUCUACCAUGAAACUGCCAUAUGCGUGCAAGCUCUUAAUCCAGUCACUUUCAGAUGAGGCGCACGCUUUUUCUGGUGGUUUGUGA